AGUCGAUAAGAAAUUGCUGAUAGCAAACAUGGCGUCGUCGCCAAUUUCUGGAUGAUUUUGUUGUUAAAGCGAACGGAGAAAAUUUUGCAAUAAAUUGUGUGAAAUGUGAAAUAUUUUGAGUGCAAUCAAUCAGCGCGCAUUGUAGCAACAAGCAGCAGAGCAAGGCAGGCUAAAGAGAUGGCUGCGGCUGCUGCAGCAGUGCCAGCUGCAAACACAACUGCGACAACAACACCUGCAAAUGCACCUGCAAUCGCGUCAAGCGCUAGCGCGGCGCAAUUUCGUGAAAUACAUAAGAAUACGUGGUUGAAACGACUGACGGCCGAUGGCAAAAAGUUAACCGUAGGUCCCAAGAAAUCAGAGUGCAGCUGGGUGGUAUUUUGCGUACACGAUGACACCGAAGCACUGCUAGAGGGCUAUGCAGAGCCACGGCAGGCGGCAGCCCAUAUGCCUGAAUGGGCCGUAUCGCUGCGGGACACGCUGCACAUAUCACACGCCCUCAUACCCAAUUCCCAUGAGUUUGAAUUUGUUGUAACGCUCAGCAAUGAGGUGUUGCGCUUUCAUGCCGUUUCAUGGGAGAUUAUGCAAGAAUGGGUGGAAACGUUGCGAGCCAAGCUGCGCGAAAUGAAAAUUCUAUCGCCGCGUGAAAACCUAUACACAAAGUUACCUGAAGUGCGCGCUCCAUUGCUGCCCACACGCGAUCCAACAUCACCGUUGCCUGCACCACCACCAGUACCGGCGGCCAUAGUGCCAGGCGUGGAGCGCAUUCCGGCUCAUCAGCAUCAAUCGGCAGCCGCCAAUGAGCAGAUAUCCCGAGCCGCACCCACAGUGGCGCCGCCACCAGUCAUAGAAGCUGUCGCAACAACAACAACAGCAGCAGUGCCGCCGCCACCGCCGCCCCCAACAACGGCCAUGUCUAAUACCUUAACACAACAUUUGCUCAAUAUGCUCUCGGAUCCGAUAAGCACGUACAGCGAACAAAUUAACGAAACAGCGACGACAGCUGUCGCCGAGGAACAGGAGGACGCUCAACAGCCCCAUGCAAUUGCAACUGAACUGCCAAGCGAAACUGCAACUGAUUUAAAUCUGUCCGAUGAUGAGUUUCUAACGCCCAUACUACGCAAUGGCGUACGCGUGGAUGUUGCUGCUGCAUCUGCGCAACGCAUAUCAGCGGAUCAAAUCUUAAAUUUUGACCAAAUGCUUCAAUGCGAACGUUUAAUACCCAGACCCCAAACAUCACGUUCCAUGUCAGCAGGCGCCGCUGACAAGUCCAAGAAGCCGCAACGCAAAUCCCCGCAGCCCAAACUACAAGCGGCAGCGACUAACUCAUCCGCAGUCGAGGAGAAUGGGGAUAACAAUAUAACGAUUAUACAAGUGUCCAACACAACAAAUACUACUACUACGACCGAGGCGCAACCGCCCGUAUUGCCGCCCAAAAACAAGAUAAUUGCGGAUAUAUUUCGUUUUCCUGAGAUCAAUGUAAAAGCCAAAACGAAAACGCAGCAGCAGCUACAGCAACAACAAAAACCACAAAACGAUUAUAAAAGCAACGUACAAAUUAUUCCGUCCAAUUCAAAUACGAUACAGGUGCUGAGCCAGCCGAGCAGCAGCAGCUGCAGCAAUCCCUAUACCAUACCAUUAAACCAGAAUGCUUCCAAUACGCCAACUCCAAAUGCUUCCACGGCAGCAAAUGCUAAUGCCAAUACCACAAUGGUUCAAGUGAUGGCCGAUGGCGAGACAAUUGCACCGGCACCAAAGCCCACGGCUACCACUGUGGCGGUCUACGGCACCUGCUAUCCGACAGCCAGCGAUCCGCUAACGCCUAAGAUGUCCAAGAAGAUCAUACUCAGCGCCAACAGCUCGGGUGUUACGCACAUACGCAUUAACAAUGAGCAGGCGGUGGACUCAAAUGUGAUUAGCGGCAAUGUGCACUACGAGAAGGUUUUCCUAUCGUCGAGUAUUCCCAUCAGCAGCUGCAGCAGUAGCCCCAGCAUAGCCGUGCGGGAGCAACGCCCCACGAGUAGCCAAGUAGCCCAGGCCACAGUCCAAACCCCAAGCAAUGCUGUUGUCAGCGCGGAAAACAGUCCCGCAUUGCCACGUCGUGGACUUGCAAUUGCCUCGCCCACGCCGAACGGUGAGCGUGCUAGGCCACAACUAACGCGCGGCCUGACUGAGCUGGUCAUUAGCUCACGACCCAGUCGACGUGAUUUCCACUACCUAAAGCUACUCAAUACGCCGCUCAAAACGAAAACAACUGCAACAGCCUCCAGGACCAAUGCAAACAAUAAUAUUGAGCAGGUUGCUGCUCACUGUACGUCCAGCGCCAGCAAUGCGACAAGGGAUCAAACUAGCCAUGUUGCCGCCAGCACCAACACGGACAGCAUCGAGCAGCGCAGGCGCAGCUCCUCCACAUCUGAUGCGCAGGCGCCGCUACAACGUGGCGCCUCAGUCGCCGCACCCACGCAGUCAAGCAGUCAGCGUGGCGCCAACAACAAUGAGUUUGUGCCUGGACGCAGUGCAGCAGCAACGGCUGCUUUUCGCAUGCAAUCUCCGCCACAGGCAACGGCACAGUCGAACAGCAGCAAUAAGCGAUUGACGCUGCGCGAACAGCAAGUCAUGCAGCUGCGCCGUGAGAUCAUGCAUCCGGGUGGUGUGCGUCUGAAUCUGCGACGCAAGGACUGCGUUGGCUCCAUUGCCUGGGUGGAUGCCUUCGGGGGCGUCUGGAUUGCCGGCUGGAAGCAAAAGGAACAUCCGGUGCUCUACAAUGCCCUGCACAUUGGCGAUCAGCUGCUCUCCAUUGCGGGCGUUAGCAUUAGCAGCGCCGCCGAGGCCAACAAAAUAAUACGCAAUACCAACACGUUAUUUGUCGAAGUGCUGCUGCGUCGCAUACCCUUUGGUCGUGCCUAUGCCAUACGCCGAGAUCGCGACGGUCAGUGCUUGGGACUUAUACGUGAUGGCAAUACCUCAACCAUAGUGGAUGUGGUACCCAACAGCUUGGCGGCAAGGCAUGGAUUACCGCCCAAGGCUCAGUCAUGCGAUGGCAGCACGCUGACUUUUUGGAUACUCACGGAAAUUAACGGUCGACCGUUAAAUCUGUUCUUCAAGGAUUUAGAAAUACGCGAUCGCCUAAAUUCGGUGGGCAGGGAUAUAUCGAUAUUGGUGCAACCGUCGGAUUUGAUAACCAAAUUGAAGAAGCAACUGAAAUCGUUGCGCGGCUACAAGGAUUAUCUAGUACAGUAAAAUGUCGGCUACAGCCUCACUUCAAAAGUGGUCGGUUUAAAAUAAGUACAUAUAUAUAUAUAUAUAGGGAGAUAUAUAGCUGUGUAGAAACUCGAAACUGUUAUACUAUGUUAUAUGUGUAUAUUUUUGUAUAACACUGGGCCAGAUAACCAUUCCAUUUUCCACAUUAAAAUGCAUGUUUACUUAAGCUAACGAAAUGCUA